CUAUAAACCUCUGUUGUACAUUAAUUCUGCAGAGUGCCAGACAGAAUCCAGCAAGCACACAGCUGGUUAUAGUUUAUUCUUAAAGUUCCCUGUUUUUUUGUGUGUGUCUUUGCUGAGAGCACCAUGGCUCCGUCUCACAAAGAGUUUGCCAACGCCGGGCAGAAGGCCGGGCUCCAGAUUUGGAGAAUUGAGAAAAUGGACCUGGUACCGGUACCUGAGAACCUACAUGGUAACUUCUACGUGGGCGAUGCUUACCUAGUUCUACAUACCAUAGUGAAGAACAACAUCAAGUACUAUGACCUGCACUACUGGCUGGGAAAAGAAUGUUCCCAGGAUGAGAGCACAUCUGCGGCUAUAUACACCGUGCAGCUGGAUGAUUACCUUGGCGGGAAACCCAUUCAGUACCGGGAGCUACAAGGAUACGAAUCAAAUGUGUUUGUUGGAUACUUUAAAGAUGGAAUUAAGUACAAGGCUGGCGGGGUGGCUUCUGGCUUCACUCAUGUGGUUACUAAUGACCUCAGUGCACGACGACUUCUGCACAUUAAGGGGAGGAGGGUGAUCCGGGCUACUGAAGUCCCUCUGAACUGGUCCAGCUUCAAUAGUGGAGACUGCUUCAUCAUCGACCUUGGAUCUGAGAUUUACCAGUGGUGCGGAUCGACGUGUAACAAAUACGAACGCUUUAAGGCCGCGCAGGUCGCUAAUGGAAUCCGCGACAAUGAGAGAAAUGGGAGAUCGCAGCUGGUUGUGGUGGAAGAAGGAAGUGAACCCAGUGAGCUGACAAAGGUUUUGGGAAGGAAACCCAAUCUACCAGAAGGAGAUGAUAAUGAUGACGUUGCAGAUGUUACGAACAGGAAGAUGGCGAAGCUUUAUAUGGUGUCCGAUGCCAGCGGCGCUAUGAAGGUCUCAGUGGUGGCCGAGGAAAACCCCUUCUGCAAAGCCAUGCUGCUCUCUGAGGAAUGCUUCAUCCUGGACCACUCUGCGGACAAAAAGAUCUUUGUGUGGAAAGGUAAAAACGCGAAUGUGGAUGAGAGGAAAGCUGCCAUGAAAACAGCAGAAGAAUUCAUCCAACAAAUGAAUUAUCCUGCUAGUACUCAGAUUCAAGUAAUACCAGAAGAAGGGGAAACUCCGAUCUUUACACAGUUCUUUAAGGACUGGAGGGACAAGAAUCAAAGUGAUGGGUUUGGGAAGGUUUACGUCACAGAGCGGAUCGCUAACAUCCAGCAGAUUGACUUCGAUGCAUCCAAGCUGCACGAAUCCCCGGAAAUGGCUGCGCAGCACAAUAUGGUGGACGACGGCUCUGGGAAAGUCGAGAUUUGGCGCGUAGAAAGCAAUGGACGCAUCCCAGUAGAUCCCUCAACAUACGGACAGUUCUACGGAGGAGACUGUUACAUUAUUCUCUAUACCUAUCCCAAAGGACAGAUCAUUUACACUUGGCAAGGAUCCCGUGCGACGCGAGAUGAGUUAACCACGUCGGCCUUCCUCACCGUGCAGUUGGACCGCUCGCUAGGGGGUCAGGCAGUUCAGGUCCGAGUCUCCCAGGGAAAGGAACCCGUCCAUUUACUCAGCUUGUUUAAAAAAACACCUCUUAUUAUAUACAAAGACGGCACAUCCAGGAAGGGGGGACAGACUGCCCCAAGUGCUGUCAGACUGUUCCAGAUUCGCAGGAACUUUGGCUUUAUCACUCGGAUUGUGGAGGUAGAAGCAAAUGCAUCCGCACUGAACUCCAAUGACGUGUUUGUGUUGAAAUUGAAAAAUAAUUCCGGGUACCAGUGGGUGGGAAGAGGAGCCAGCGGAGAAGAGAAGCAGGGGGCAGACUUUAUCACCAGCGUCCUCAAAUGCAAAACGACCACCAUAAAAGAAGGACAGGAGCCAGAUGAUUUCUGGAGUUCCUUGGGGGGUAAGAAGCCCUACCAGACGUCGGAGCUCCUGGGCUCAAAUCUGGCAGAUCACCCACCGCGGUUAUACGGCUGCUCUAAUAAGUCUGGCAGAUUUGUGAUCGAGGAGGUACCCGGGGAAUUUACACAAGAUGAUUUAGCAGAAGAUGACGUUAUGCUACUGGAUACAUGGGAACAGAUCUUCCUCUGGAUCGGGAAAGAUGCUAAUGAGGUAGAGAAGAAAGAAUCUUUGAAAUCAGCUAAACAGUACAUAGAGACAGAUCCAUCCGGCAGAGAUAAAAGAAUCCCUAUUGUCACAGUAAAACAGGGACACGAGCCCCUGACUUUCACUGGUUGGUUCCUGGGCUGGGAUGCCAGCAGAUGGGAGCACUGAGAGGACGCACAGAACCCACAGGCAUGAAGAAACCCCACUCAAGUCAUAUUGUUAUUUUUGUAGCUUGUCUUUUAUUUUAUAAUAUUAGAAUUUAAGUUGUGUAACUGUUUUCCCUAAUGCGAGAAGCUGCACUGAGACGUACGGCGUGCUGGGGAAAGCCAACGGAGAUUGCCAGAGGGUAGCGACUGUAUGUACAAUAUUUCAAUAUCGCAAAGCUCAAGGGCUACCUACCUAAGGGAAAACAGAGAAUAUGCUUUGUAACAUGUCUGCAUUGUCAAAUGAAAAUACUUGUGCCAACAUUGCCACUUGCAUGGUGCCCAGUAUUCCUUGCUUAUAUUUUGAUGCUGUUGUGAUUUCUAGCUGUGACCUACGUUGUAGCCCAUGACCUCUACACACAAUGGAGGUCGCCAUGUUUUGAGUUAAGCAAUAUGCUGUGCCUCGUGCCUCAGCAAUGUUAAUGCCUCCUAGUUUAUUAAUACAUGACCUACAGGUUUGGGCCACAUAAAUGCCGCCUUCACUGUGUGUACUGCAGGUGACUGGUUCACUUUAUUGUCGCUUCCAUUCAAAGCGGGAUUUUUUUUAUAUUGUCUUAUCCGUUAGUCAAAAUGAUACAUUCCUUUUAUAUAUAUAUAUAUAUAUAUAUAUAUAUAUAUAUCUCAAAUGAUGCUACAAAUUGUAAUUCUCAUUUGAAACAACAUUUAAAAGACAAUGUUAACGUUGACCAGUGAUAUAUGACUUUUCAGAAAUAAAAUUUAAUUAUUGAAAAUA